CGAAGGAGUGAGAAGAGAAGGAAAUACAGAAACCGUCUGGCCCAUCGCCAACCCAAACAGGAAUCAUGGGGGCGAUCGCGUGGAAUGAGCGAUAGGGAAGGAGAAGGGAACACAAUAACCGUGUGCACCGAUGUCUUCGUCAUCUGUUCCCUCUGUCCCCGCCACUUGAGACACGUGCCACGAUAUGAUGAUCAUCGGGUUGUUGAUGAAAAUGAUGAUGAUGCCGAUUGCGAUGCAGAUGAUGAUGAUGAUGAUGAUGCUGACUUGGACGGUGGCGAUGUUGAUGACUACGACGAUGUCGAUGAUGAUGAUAACGAUGAUGUUGAUGAUGUUGUUGAUGAUGACGAGGAUGAUGAUGAUCAUGAUGAUGAUGAUGGUGUUGAUGAUGAUGACAACGAUGAUGAUGAUGAUGAUGACGAUGACGUUGACGAUGAGGAUGAUGAUGAAGAUGAUGAUGCUGAUGACGACGACGACAAUGAUAAUGAUGAUGAUGAUGAUGAUGAUGAUGAUGAUGGCGGUGAGCAAGAGUCAUGGGGCCGCUCGCGAGGAACGAACAAGUGGGAAGCAAACGGGCAUACAGAAACCAUGUGCCCCAAUGUCAUCGACAUCCGUUCCCGCCGUCCCCGCAACUUGCAACACAUCGCGCGAUGUGGCUGCUCCCAUGCGCCGGCAAACAGGUGCGACGACUGACACGCGGGCAGGCAUAAAACCACUUUACCUUGACGAGGGCACAGCGAACACGAUGCCGCAACUCU